UUUCUUUACUGCAUUUUCUAUCUUCCACCUGUGUGCCUUCACGGGUCGUGUUUGCAAUCUGUUUGCAGGCAGUCCAUGAUCCGUAGCCAGUCGGGAGAUCUAUUGCCAUUGGACCAAGAGCUUAAAAGGACCUGUCGCAACUUCAAGAAAGCUUUAAAGGCGAGACUGGCUGCGGAGGAAGCUUUGGAGACUCUGAACAUCAACCAGGAGGACGACAUGGGUGAGCCCAAUAAUGGCGGGGAGCUUGUCCCCGAUGAGCAUACCAUGGGAUACUACUAGACCGCCAGUGCCGUGGACAUGAGGUCGCCCAUCCAGCACCCUCAAGUUCCUGCUAACAACUUUGAGAUGAGCACCUUUGUCAUCACCAUGCUACGCGGCUUGGUGGUAUUCCAUGGGAAAUCGGACGAGUGCCCCAGAGCCCACCUGUGGCGAUUCCACGAGCUGAUCGAUGGAAUCAAGAUUAACGGCGUCCCGCAGGACGCCAUUCAGCUGCGAUAUUUCCCAUUCACUCUGGAGGGACAGGCCAAGGCGUGGCUGGACAAUAGACCUCCGGGGUCGAUCUCUACAUUCACCAGCCUGGCAGACAAGUUCCUGACCCGCAAUCAUCCUCCAUCUAAGACAACUGAUCUACAAAACUAGAUCACUCAUUUUGCACAUGAAGAGGAUGAAACCAUCCAGGAUGCGUGGGAAAAAUACACCAGUCUCUUCCUGAAGUGUCUCAAUCAUGGUUUCAACGAUGCUUUCAAGGUGGGCACCUUCUACCGGGCUCUCUUCCUUGAAGACAAGCAGCUGAUUGACUCGGUUUGUGGCAGGAACAUGCUAACUAAGACGCCACCGCAGCUGAACCAACUCUUGAGGAGAUGGUAGAGCAGGGAUAUGAUUGGGGGACUUCUAGGAGGUCUAGGCGAGCACCAAGCCGGGGUAUGCAUGCUGUUGACACCUAGUCAUCUAAGUUGGUGGGUUGUCUCGAAGCUGGUAUCACCCAUGGAUCGUAAUGGGUUGAUCUCUGGGACAGGGCAACAACAGGAGAUGUAGUGCCAGUAGUGUGAGAGCAGCCACCACACAGUGGAAGACUGCCAGGCGAUGAGGGAAACUACUACACCCCAAAAGCAGCUGGACUUCAUCAGCAAUGCUUGGCAUUUCGACCCCUAUAGUAAUACAUAUAAUGAGAGGCA